GAACCGGAAGCCGCGAUGACGCACUGGUCCCGCUCCCUUCCCAGGACAACAACCGCGAGGCGGAGAAGAAAAAACUUUGACAAACUCGACAGGAGGGUGUGCAAAAAAAGUUAACGAAAGAGUCGCCACGUUACGCAGAAAGGCGUUUAAGUGGGAACGAGCUCGCAGAUGUGGAGUUACUGAUGGAUCCGCGGUGUGACGUCCAGCGCGGGGGCUCCACCGGCGGCUCGAGCGGGGACUCGAGCGCCGCGUCCCGCCGCAGGAAGGUGCCGCCGCGACCGGCGGACUGCAAGCUCCAGGUCAUCAUCAUCGGCUCCCGCGGCGUGGGCAAGACGAGCCUCAUGGAGAGGUUCACCGACGACACGUUCUGCGAGGCGUGCAAGUCUACCGUCGGCGUGGAUUUUAAAAUCAAAACAGUGGAGCUGAGAGGGCUGAAGAUCAGGUUGCAGAUCUGGGACACAGCGGGUCAGGAGAGGUUCAACAGCAUCACGUCGGCCUAUUACCGUGGCGCCAAGGGCAUCGUCCUGGUGUACGACAUCACCAAGCAGGAGACCUUCGACGACCUGCCCAAAUGGAUGAAGAUGAUCGACAAGUACGCCUCCGAGGACGCUGAGCUCCUAUUGGUCGGUAACAAGCUAGACUGCGAGGCUGACCGCGUCAUCACACGGCAGCAGGCUGAGAGGUUCGCCGCGCGGGUGUCGGGCCUGCGGUUCUGCGAGGCCAGCGCCAAGGACAACUUCAAUGUGGACGAGAUCUUCCUCAAACUGGUGGAUGACAUUUUGAGUAAGAUGCCUCUCGAGGUGCCGCGUAGAGAACUGUCCAACAGCAUCCUGUCCCUCCAACCCGAGCCAGACGUGCCCCCUGAGCUACCCCCCCCUCGCAUGCGCUGCUGCUGAGACCCUUCGCUCCCCCCCGCCCCCAAGCUCUCUCCUAGCGUCUGCGGUUACCGUGUCUGACCACCACCGAGGGGCAGCUGACGCGGUGCACGAGGGAAAGUCGGCAGUGAUGCGGCGCCAGAACCCACGAUGACACGACUCUUCUAUUCUCUCCAUCCCCUGAAAGAAUCAUCCACUGCAAAGGAUGCCGCCUGCCGGUGGCACACGCACACUCACGAGCGCACAAACACAGACCGGUCCAGGUUUUCUGCUCCAAACGCACGCAAACACGCGUGUACAUCACUGCCCUGCUCAGUCUACCUCGUACCCAGGAGGUCAACGUGGGGCAUCCUACGGGUGCAUUCUAGGAAACAUUUCCCCACAUACACACGCACGCACACACACACACACAUUUCUACAUAGCAGUUUCAAUAGAUUUGCAUUUCCACACUGUAAGAACACAGAUGGCGUGUCUCUACCCUCUGAAGUGUGCUUCUCCAAACACUUACACUCUAAAGUGUGACACUAACGCACGUUCCUCUGGCGCUGGUCCCCCGGACCCCACCGGUUUGGCCGUCUGGUCACAGCGGAGAUGAAGGGUGCGAGAUGCGACUCAGUCCGUAAGCCGGCGCGCAGAUUCACAUCGCCCUUGCGCGUUACACCCUCCCUUCUUAUCGCCAAGGGCGCCGGAGACCGAGUCUCGCGUCUCUCCGCACUUCAACACUUGAACUCUCGCCGCACUGUUGACUCCUCCUCUUGCGUGUUCAACAACGGAGCGGCGCUGAACAGGUCCCGUGCACAGAAGGUCCUGUCACGCAUCCUUGAAGGCAGAAUCUUUGCACCGGAGCCUUCCCACUGAAAGGACGACUCCUUCAAACGAAAGACGGAGGCGCUUUUUAACGUGGCACUUUUGAUAUCUUCAGACCGUGAGCCUCUCUGCCGCCGGUGGAGAACAGUCAACAUGCACGCGUUUGCGUAUUUUAUUCAAUAGCAGUUAACUGUAUUUAAGGGCCUAUAACUUCAUAUAACGCUUUGUGAACAGACGAUUAAAUGAUCAAAUGUCAGUGUUGCAUCUUUGCUCUGGAACAUAUUGGUAAAACCCUAAAUACUGUUGUCAGUUAUGAAGUGGAUGUCACCAUGGGAACAGCCCGCUGGUUUAGUCCUGAUGUCAGUGAGUCGGGGGCAUAGGGACUGUGUACGAGGAGUUCCUGUCAGUUCGGAACAUGGCUCAGAAAAUAUUACAGGCCGCCGCCGCCGUCUUCAUAAACAGGCUGUCAGGACGGAUGUUUUUGCUUGAUUUUAACAGCUGCCCUGAGUCUCUCCCGUGUCUCCUUAAUCCUGAAUUAACGUAAUGCAAACAAAUGAUGCCACAGUGUGGGAGAGGCCUGUUGAAACCUGACCUGUUAUUUGCCGGCUAUGAUUAGGCUGUCGGGGUCAGAAUCAGAGGUGUGAACAGGAAAUCCCGUAAUCCCACAGCAGUUUCGCUCCUCAUGGCGAUCAUCUACCCCUUGCGUAGCGAUUACGUAGUUUUGCUUCGGCACAUCUGAAGUAGUUCCCUGCCAGCCCAGUUUGAAGCUUGAAUAUUUUGUCAUUAUUAAUAUGAUUUCUAACCUACUUUUUUUUAAAACUAAUAUAGCAAUGUAAAUCUCUCAGUUCAGAAUGUGUACUAACCUCCGAUGUUUCCCAACGCACCAUGUGAAAUGUUUAGGGUUUGUUGAAGAGUCGUUAUUUAUCACUACGUGCAUGUUGCUUUUUUUUCUGUUCCUUUGUCAUCUUUCAUCACAGGCUGUGUCAUCCUAGACCCAUCGGUCAGAGUUCUGAGAUUUUACUAUCAGUGUUGUUGUUUUUUUUUUGCUUCUUCUUCCAAACACUAAAGGGACGGCAACUAGCGAUUUGAUGUAGGGUUUUAAGUGCUGUUUGCAGUGCUGGAGUUUAGCAGCCGCCCGAGCUACGUCUGUCCACCAUUUCACUAGCCAAGUACAAAUAACCGUUGCCUUUACAAAUGACCUUUUUGUAUAGAGUACCACUUCCGCCACCCGUAGAGCUAUUUACAACUCAUGAAACUGACGCAGAAAAACAUGCCCCCUCAUUAAGACAUGGGCGAGGAAAACACUGCUUUGUACAAGUAAUUUGAUUAUUGUAGGGGGUGCUUGAAAGAAACAUGGUUUGGCAUGUUUAAAACAGUUUUGUGGUAUUUAUAACUUGUGGCGUUCUUGAACUAAUGAAGUGCAAAUAAAGAUUAUAUUUAUUAAACAUA